CCUCCAUACGCGUACGGUAUAAAAGGAGUCGCGUUUACUACAGUCUCCAUUGUCAGAGUUUCACCCCCGUUGAAUUCUACAGCCAGUCACUCUCCAAAAAUCCUUUAUUAAUCAUGGGUCACAUCUGGUCGGUGUACGUUCGCGAGACUUUUCCUCCGUCAGCGAAGUUUCACGCGUCUGAUGUCCCAGACAUGUCCGGAAAGGUUGUCCUCGUCACCGGCGCGAAUACAGGGAUAGGAAAAGAGACCGCUAGAGUUCUCCUCACAAAAAACGCCAAGGUUUACAUUGCGUGUCGCGACGAGGCCAAGGGUCGAGCUGCUAUUCGCGACCUUCAGAAGAGCACCGGAAAAGAAGCGUGUUUCUUGCAACUCAACUUGGCAAACUUGAAGUCUAUCAAGGCUUCUGGAGAAGAGUUUUUGCGGAGAGAACCCGUACUGCAUGUGCUAUUCAACAACGCUGGGGUAAUGACUCCUCCUAUGGAGAUGUUGACGGACGACGGUUAUGACCUGCAAAUUGGCACGAACGUCCUCGGCCACUUCUACUUCACGAAACUUGUGAUGCCUGCACUUCUAGCUGGUGCCGCGCAGUCGCCUGACGGAACUGCACGCAUUGUGAACACGGCUUCCAACGCCCACUGGUUCGGUAGUCUGGACUAUAACACGUUCAAGGAUGGUCCCGCGAGGAAAAAGAGGGGUGCUAUGGGUCUCUAUGGCGAAAGCAAAAUGGGCAACGUGUUGUUUGCAGCUGAGUUAGCUAGACGAUAUGGCGACCAGGGUAUAGUCUCGACAGCACUCAACCCUGGUGGUAUCAAGACGGAGCUUAGCCGUAAUUUCGACUCCUUUUCCAAAAUCAUAGGCAAUUUGGUCUUCCAUGAUGUGUCGUAUGGCGCUCUCACGCAGUUAUACGCUGGAACCACUGCAGAAGGCGCGCAUCUUAACGGAAAGUACCUUGUUCCAUGGGCGCGCGUUGGGUACACACACCCAGAGGGGCAGGAUCCACAGCAGGCUUCGGAGCUAUGGAAGUGGCUUGAGGAACAGAUCAAGGACAUUUAGGUUCGAUCGCUUGUUAGGUUGAUCGUGUCAGUACUUCACAUAUAAUUGCCUUCAACGUUUUAGCACCAAGUCUAGGAGUAUUUUAAUUAUGUCAGUAUUAUUCAUCGUUUGGUUAGGUGCUGGAGAUCUUGAGUAGAGGGUUCCGUUUCAUGAUGACCAAUUUCU